CUUGGAGGGUCGGACUGGCCGCGCGCACCCCUCGCAGCCUGGGGACGGGGGCGGGUCUGGAGUGGCGGCGGCAACUCUGAGGAGAAUGCGGUCCACCGCAGGGCUGGUGGAGUUGCUGCCGUCCGGUGCCAUUUGGAUAGUACUUUAGCGGCACAAUGUACUCUGAGUGGCGGUCACUGCAUUUGGUGAUUCAGAAUGAUCAAGGCCAUACCAGUGUGCUACACAGCUAUCCAGAGAGUGUUGGGCGAGAGGUGGCAAAUGCAGUGGUCCGUCCUCUUGGGCAGGCAUUAGGUACCUCUUCAGUGGCUGGUAGUGAGAGUUUGUUAAAAACUGACAAAGAAGUAAAAUGGACUAUGGAAGUAAUUUGCUAUGGACUGACCCUUCCAUUGGAUGGAGAGACUGUAAAAUAUUGUGUUGAUGUAUAUACAGAUUGGAUUAUGGCUUUGGUAUUGCCGAAAGAUUCUAUUCCAUUACCAGUUAGUAAAGAGCCUAAUCUAUAUGUUCCAAGUAUAUUAAAGCACCUACAAAAUCUUUUUGUACCAAGACAGGAACAGGGCUCCAGUCAGAUCCGACUAUGCUUACAGGUUCUGAGAGCCAUUCAGAAACUGGCCCGUGAGUCAUCCACCAUGGCUCGAGAAACCUGGGAAGUCUUACUGUUGUUUCUUCUGCAAAUUAAUGACAUACUUCUGGCCCCACCAACUGUUCAAGGUGGCAUUGCUGAGAAUCUAGCAGAGAAGCUGAUUGGUGUUCUCUUUGAAGUUUGGUUAUUAGCUUGCACCCGGUGCUUCCCAACACCUCCUUAUUGGAAGACAGCCAAGGAGAUGGUGGCCAACUGGAGGCACCACCCUGCAGUGGUGGAGCAGUGGAGCAAGGUCAUCUGUGCACUCACUUCCAGAUUGCUUCGCUUUACAUACGGUCCUUCAUUUCCUCCGUUUAAAGUUCCCGAUGAAGAUGCCAAUCUGAUUCCUCCAGAAAUGGACAAUGAGUGUGUUGCACAAACAUGGUUUCGAUUUUUGCACAUGUUAAGUAAUCCCGUGGAUCUGAGUAAUCCAGCCAUUAUAAGCUCAACCCCCAAGUUUCAGGAGCAAUUCCUGAGUGUGAGCGGAAUGCCACAGGAACUGAGCCAGUACCCCUGCCUUAAACAUCUGCCUCAGAUAUUCUUUCGUGCCAUGCGUGGAAUCAGCUGUCUGGUGGAUGCAUUUUUAGGCAUUUCUCGACCGAGAUCAGACAGCGCUCCCCCAACACCCGUGAAUAGAUUAAGUAUGCCUCAGAGCACUGCUGUGAAUACCACAUCACCACAUAACCGAAGGCACCGGGCUGUGACUGUGAAUAAGGCCACCAUGAAGACAACCGCGGUUACUACUGUUCACACCUCGAAAGUACAGCACCAGGCAUCCUCCACUUCUCCUCUGUCAAGUCCAAAUCAGACAAGUUCAGAACCCAGGCCACUGCCUGCCCCUCGGAGACCAAAGGUUAACAGCAUCUUAAAUCUCUUUGGAUCGUGGUUAUUCGAUGCAGCAUUUGUUCACUGCAAACUCCAUAAUGGAAUAAACAGAGACAGCAGCAUGACUGCCAUUGCAACACAAGCUAGCAUGGAGUUUCGACGAAAAGGGUCCCAAAUGUCCACAGACACCAUGGUUUCCAAUCCUGUGUUUGAUGCAAGUGACUUUCCUGAUAACUAUGAAGCAGGAAGAGCUGAGGCUUGUGGGACAUUAUGUAGAAUUUUUUGUAGCAAGAAGACUGGAGAAGAGAUUCUGCCAGCUUAUUUAUCCAGAUUUUACAUGCUUUUAAUUCAAGGUUUGCAGAUAAAUGAUUAUGUGUGCCAUCCUGUCUUGGCCAGCAUUAUUCUAAACUCCCCUCCUUUGUUCUGCUGUGACUUGAAAGGGAUUGAUGUUGUGGUUCCUUACUUUAUUUCAGCUCUUGAAACCAUUUUGCCUGACAGAGAACUCUCAAAAUUCAAAAGCUAUGUAAAUCCAACAGAAUUGAGAAGAUCCUCCAUUAAUAUCCUGCUUUCUUUGUUGCCCCUCCCUCAUCAUUUUGGCACAGUCAGAUCUGAGGUGGUCCUAGAAGGGAAGUUUAGUAAUGAUGACAGCUCUUCUUAUGAUAAACCAAUAACUUUUCUGUCCCUGAAGUUGAGACUUGUGAAUAUACUAAUAGGUGCCUUGCAAACGGAAACGGACCCUAACAACACCCAAAUGAUACUAGGAGCAAUGUUAAAUAUUGUUCAGGAUUCUGCACUUUUAGAAGCUAUUGGUUGCCAAAUGGAGAUGGGUGGUGGAGAAAACAACCUGAAGAGUCAUAGUCGCACUAAUAGUGGCAUUAGUUCAGCAAGUGGAGGAAGCACAGAACCUACAACGCCUGACAGUGAGAGACCUGCUCAAGCUCUCCUAAGGGAUUAUGAUGUGGCAUUGGGUUAUAUCCUAGCUCUUAAUACAGAUUCAGCUGCUGGGCUCCUGAUUCGCAGCAUUCAUCUCGUCACCCAAAGACUCAACUCCCAGUGGCGGCAAGACAUGAGCAUAUCCUUGGCAGCUCUGGAGCUCCUCUCUGGUCUGGCAAAGGUGAAGGUGAUGGUUGACUUGGGAGACCGGAAGCGUGCCAUCAGUUCUGUGUGCAGUUAUAUUGUAUACCAGUGCAGUCGGCCAGCUCCUCUUCACUCCCGGGAUCUGCACUCCAUGAUAGUGGCAGCAUUUCAGUGUCUCUGUGUCUGGCUGACAGAGCACCCUGAUAUGCUAGAUGAAAAGGAUUGCCUUAAGGAAGUAUUGGAGAUUGUAGAACUGGGUAUCUCAGGAAGCAAAUCCAAAAACAGCGAGCAAGAGGUCAAGUACAAAGGCGAUAAGGAGCCAAACCCUGCGUCCAUGAGGGUAAAGGAUGCUGCAGAAGCCACUUUAACAUGUAUCAUGCAGUUGCUUGGUGCAUUUCCUUCACCCAGUGGUCCUGCCUCUCCUUGUAGUCUGGUGAAUGAGACCACUCUGAUCAAAUACUCCAGGCUGCCAACCAUAAACAAGCAUAGUUUCCGGUACUUUGUCUUGGAUAAUAGUGUCAUCCUGGCAAUGCUGGAGCAACCGCUUGGAAAUGAACAGAAUGAUUUUUUUCCCUCUGUCACUGUGCUGGUCCGGGGAAUGUCAGGAAGACUUGCUUGGGCUCAGCAGCUUUGCCUUUUACCCAGAGGAGCAAAAGCAAAUCAGAAGCUUUUUGUGCCAGAACCUCGCCCAGUUCCUAAAAAUGAUGUUGGAUUUAAAUAUUCUGUGAAACAUCGACCAUUUCCUGAAGAGGUGGACAAGAUUCCUUUUGUAAAAGCAGAUUUGAGCAUUCCAGAUUUACAUGAAAUUGUCACUGAAGAAUUAGAAGAGAGGCAUGAAAAAUUAAGGAGUGGUAUGGCCCAGCAGAUCGCUUAUGAAAUACACCUGGAACAGCAGAGCGAGGGAGAAUUGCAGAAGCGAAGCUUUCCUGACCCUGUUACGGACUGUAAGCCCCCUCCUCCUGCUCAGGAAUUCCAAACAGCCCGCCUUUUCCUUUCUCACUUUGGAUUUUUGUCCUUAGAAGCAUUGAAGGAACCCGCAAAUAGUCGUCUACCUCCUCACCUUGUUGCACUCGAUUCUACCAUACCUGGUUUUUUUGAUGACAUUGGGUAUCUGGAUCUCUUGCCAUGUCGUCCUUUUGACACAGUUUUUAUUUUCUACAUGAAACCAGGUCAGAAAACAAAUCAAGAGAUUUUAAAGAACGUGGAGUCUUCCAGAAAUGUUCAGCCACAUUUCCUAGAAUUUUUGCUCUCCCUUGGCUGGUCAGUAGAUGUGGGCAGGCAUCCUGGUUGGACAGGACACGUGUCCACCAGUUGGUCAAUUAAUAGCUGCAAUGAUGGUGAAGGGUCUGAACAAGAUGAAGUAACUUCCUCUGAAGAUGCUGGGGCUAGCAUUUUCAGUGGGCAGAAGAAGGUGCUGUAUUAUGCUGAUGCCCUGACGGAAAUAGCUUUUGUGGUUCCUUCUCCUGUGGAGUCCUUAACCGAUUCUUUGGAAAGUAAUACCUCAGACCAAGAUAGUGACUCAAAUAUGGAUCUUAUGCCUGGAAUUCUGAAGCAGCCACCCCUGACACUUGAGCUGGUCCCCAAUCACACAGACAAUCUUAAUUCCUCACAGAGGCUUAGUCCCAGUUCCAGAAUGAAGAAGCUGCCUCAAGGUCGCCCCGUGCCUCCCCUUGGACCUGAGACAAGAGUGUCUGUAGUCUGGGUGGAACGCUACGAUGAUAUAGAAAACUUCCCCCUGUCAGAUCUGAUGGCAGAGAUCAGCACUGGUGUGGAAACUACUGCCAACAGUAGCACGUCUCUGAGAUCUACAACUCUUGAAAAAGAAGUCCCAGUAAUCUUCAUCCACCCUUUAAACACUGGAUUGUUCCGGAUAAAAAUCCAAGGAGCCACUGGAAAAUUUAACAUGGUCAUCCCCCUUGUUGAUGGGAUGAUAGUCAGCCGGCGAGCACUGGGCUUUCUGGUGCGGCAGACUGUAAUAAAUAUUUGUAGAAGAAAGAGACUGGAGAGUGAUUCCUACAGUCCACCACAUGUCCGUCGGAAACAGAAAAUCACUGACAUUGUCAACAAAUACCGGAAUAAGCAGCUGGAGCCAGAGUUUUACACAGCCCUUUUCCAGGAGGUCGGGCUCAAGAACUGCAGCUCUUAGAGCACAGCCUGUCCAGGGCAGUGGACUGCGGAAAGGGCUCUGACAUCAAAGCAAGACAGUCCUGAAAAACGCAAGUGAAUCACUCCCAAGAACUCACUGUUGAUCACCAGAACCACGAUGUGAAGCCACUGGCUCGAGGACCGCCUGCUUUCUGAUGAUGGACCUCGCACAGUCACACUCCUGCUGAAAAGGACAACAAGCAUUUUAGCCAUAAACUUUCUUUUAAAGUGACAAUUUUAGUAAAAUAUAAGUCUUUUGAGGAUAAAGGCUUUUAUGCAUCAGUUAAAUACAUGCAUUGGUAGUGUCAACAGGCUUGCAAGGUAGGAGCUGAAGAUAGUUUAUACCUCGCUUUUUAGGAGGGUGUAUUCAAAAUUAAAAUCAGUCUCAGAACCUUCCAGAACUUGUUAAGGCUCAAGUUGACACCGUGAAGGAGGAGGUAGCAGCUUUGUGCUCAUGUUUCGAUCUGUUUGUUACCUGUCAUACUGACAGGUGAAACAUAAAGGGUUUACUCAGAUGAAUCUGACAUUAAAAUAUUUCCUGUUUUUUUCUCCAUGUUUAAGCAAGUUGUCCCUCUCUCUGAUGUGGAGAUCUGUCAUAUGGCCUCAGCUCCUUAGCAGACAGAUGGAAGUGGAGGCACAGCUGUGUACUCUAAUGGCCUGCUAGUCAUGUUUGGGGUGAAAAGCUGUGAGUGAGCAGUGAUGCCUUCGUUCUCCAUUACCAUUGAGUUUGAUGUCCUGAUGAUAGGGUAGACAUGGUUCCUUGAUUAAAUACCAAUAAUGGGAGUUCACAACAGGCUGAAAAUUAUUUCAGGACCAAGCAGCAAGCUGCAGUAGUUCUUGGAGGGUUCUGUUCGUGGUUCAGGAGGGAGUGUCCCACUGCCACUCACUCAGCUCUUCAGAGAGCACCUGCUUCACAGUCCACAGAAUCAGUCAUCUCCAUAGGUGGCAGCUGCUGUUGUGUUUCCUGGCCUUAGCCAGCUGAAGGUACAAGUCCCUGCCAGGACUCUGGAAUAUUUCAGUCACUUGACUGUUGUUUUUCUGCAAGGGACUAAGCAUAGGAGGUGGCCAGAACCAAACUGUUUUAGAAGGAUUCCUGUUACAGUGUUCACUAUAUUCCAAUUUUUAUGUUCCUACUCCUUCAGUAAGAUUAUUUGUCUUAGAAAACAAGUGACAUUUAUAGUCCAAAGAGGAAUAAUCAGAGAUUAACAGGGCUGUUCCCCUGUUGUCAUUAAAAUCUGCAGAUCAGGGUCUACUGUUUGGUUUGAGGUUUUGCUCUUUUUCUAGGAUAUUAGGGGCAAUGUUAUACCUGUUCCUCUGUGCAGGUGCCUCCAUUCUAGAAGUACGUAUUCUGCUGUCCCUAAGCAAGAACCAUGGGUAUAGCAUCCCGUAGGCUGCCACAACCCCCUUUUUUUCUCUACUCAGGUACAGACCCCUCCCUCCUUCAAUCUUCCUUGUCCUUGGUGUCAUCCUCUUCCUCCCCACUGUGAGUCCAGUUUCCAUUCAAGGCAUAGUGUUCUGUCUUUGAUUUUUUUUUUUUAAAGCCAGGCAAUAAUCUAAUGUCUUCAGGUGAUACCAUGGGGUAAGGAAUGGUAAAAAUUAGUAGUGAGGUUUUCCCUAAAAAUAUUCUAGUAAUUCAGCAAGAAGAGGUGAAAUUGAACAACUUUUAAGAUCCUUCCAGACUGACACUUCAUUUCUUGUUCUGUGUGAAGUGAAUAAAGAAUCUGUACAUACAUGUGCAACUUAGAACAUUCCAGAGGCUACAGAUAACUGAUAAAGAUGUACUUAUUUCCUACUCUGGAUAUUGUUUAAAUGAUACCAGAAAGAUGACAUAUGGGAUUUAUAUGUUGGGGUGGACUUUCUGGCCCUUCCCCUUCGGUUGUCUCUAAUUUCUAAUUUCUUGUAAUUCUGAUAACUUUGGUAAGAGAACAACAAUGGCAGAUGUAGUUUGAGAUCUGGGGUACAUGGUGAUUCCCCAAGAAGGGAGGGAUUCACACCCCUAAGGUAGAGAAGCCCUAGUGUGUACAUCCAACAGAACUUGGGAUGCACCCCCUCACUGGUUCCUUCUGCACCACACACCAUCUACCUACCAAAGGGUGUGGUAAGAGCCUUGGGUCUCAGAGUGUGGUUUGGAAUCCUGCUCAUUGAGUUCACCCUCCUGCCUGCGCUAAGAUCACUUUGAACAGAAUCUUGUCAGAGGAACAUGCUUAGUACUUACAAUAAUCUUAGUAGUUCACUUGAUAAAUUUGCCCACACAGGCUCAGAAACUUUGAGGAAACACUGGAACCAAUCUGGACUGUUGUUUAAACUGUACGGUUGCUGUACUUGGCUGCCUAGGCACUCUCAAAGAGGAAAACAUUUGCUAUGGGUAUUUAGGCUGGCAGCCCCCUCCUGCUCACUUCUGAAACUGGGGGCGGGAGUGGGGGAUUGCUCCUUUGGCUGGGAGUCCAGGAGACAUGGCUCUUAACCUCUUCAAACCUUGCUGCCACCUUUCCCAUUUGUCUAGAGUUUCCUCUUAAGACCUCCUGGCCUUUGGCUCCUUGAAAAGAAGAGCUACAGUGGUAGAGCAGCCCUCCCGGCCAUACAGAUGCAUGUGCCAUGCACAUGUGCAUAUAAGCAUCUCCCUCUUCAGCUCCCCGAUCUUAGGGUAGCUCCAUCAUGGGGCUCACCCAUAAAAACACCUACACUUUGGCUGGCCCUGUCGGUGUCUGGCUCACAGGUAGUAGGACAGCCUAGAAGAACGGCUCCCUGUCUGCAUUAGGGGAGAAUCAGGUUCUGCAGGCUGACCUCUACAGUGAUGAGUUUUCCAGGGUGUAUUCCUAUUGAGAAGUGGAACUUCCCCCACAAAAUCAGCCUUGGGCAGAGCUGAGUAGGUGGUGACAACUGUCUUAGAGGACAUUUGACACUCUCCUGGCAUCAGUUGUCCAUUAGCAUUUAAAGCCUGUUCAGGCCGGAUCUUUGGUGUUAACAGUGACCAUUGGCAUCCACUAGUCUGGUCUCAGCACUCCCUGACAUCCCCUCUUCCUGAGGGAUCCACCUGGAAGUGGAGUCACUGGUCUCGCUGCUGGCAGAGCGGGCACUGCAUAGUGUUUUCUCAGAACAGCCACCCUUGUUCUUCAGACGAGUUUUUUAGUGAUGAGAGGAAAUGUGUAAUUUGGGAUUCCACAGUGCCUUGCAUACAGUAGGCGCCCAAUACCUAUUUGUUGAAGCAAAUCAAGUUCUUUGUCCCCACAGUGACCAACGCAUCUUCCUCUGAAGGGCUUGGCAGUUGUGGCUAAAAUCUAAGUAUCAUUAUUUGCUCGAAACCAUAUUUACAGUUUGUAUGAAUUUCGGUAUAUUGCCAAGAUGGGAUCUUUUUCCUAUUGUAUUUUCUGUAAAUAUUUCUGCCACUGAUCUGUAAAGUAAAGGAGAUGUAAAUAUGAAGGUGUGCCUGUGUCCCUCGCUGCCUGUGUUGGAUCUGCGCUAGCCUGGGAAGAAGGUGCAGAGGUUCGUAUUUAUGCCUGUCCUCCAUCCACAAGAAACCCACGGGAUAUUGAAUGUAAUACACGCGGUCAAUUAAAUUUUAAGGAGCUUCUUAUCUAUUAA